UUAUGACAAAGUGACAAGUGAAAUCGGUGAAAAAUAUUGAUAAAUACAAGAAUUAAUUAAAUAAAAAACAAAAAUGUCUUUCUUUGGAGUGGGAAACCCUUUUGCUACGCCGGUUGGUCAAAAAAUAGAACAAGCUACUGAUGGCUCCCUUCCUUCAGAGAACUGGGCUCUUAACAUGGAAAUAUGUGAUAUUAUAAAUAGUAGUACAGAUGGGCCUAAGGAUGCAAUAAAGGCGAUAAGAAAAAGACUAACACAAAGUGCUGGAAAAAACUAUACCAUUGUGAUGUACACUUUGACUGUACUUGAGAGUUGUGUAAAGAAUUGUGGAAAGCCUUUCCACAUCUUGGUUUGCAACAAAGAGUUUAUAUCUGAGCUGGUAAAACUAAUUGGCCCCAAGAAUGAUCCGCCAACAGUUGUACAGGAGAAAGUCCUUAGUCUCAUACAAUGCUGGGCGGAUGCUUUCCAGAACCAAUCUGAAUUACAGGGUGUAGUACAAGUGUACAAUGAAUUACGGACUAAAGGUGUUGAGUUCCCGAUGACCGAUUUGGACGCCAUGGCACCUAUAUUUACACCGCAGAGAAGCAUAAAUUUUCAGAGUGUACCAGAUAGCGGAGAGCCGGUUGUCGGUUCGCCGCAACGCUCUGUGUUACCGCAAACCUCGCCUAGUCGGAUUCCAUUAGAAAAUAAUACGGGAACGGUGACGCUCUCAGAGAGCCAAACCGCGAAGCUUCGUGCGGACCUGGCAGUGGUGGAGGGCAACAUGAGCGUGAUGAGCGACAUGCUCAACGAGCUCACUGCGCAGCCGUACACACAGCAUCAUGACUCCGAUAUACAGCUGUUGGACGAGUUGGCGGAGACGCUGCGUGCGAUGCAGACGCGCGUGGCCGAGCUGGCGGGGCGCGUGGCCGACGAGUGCCCGCUCACCGCCGCGCUGCUGCUCACCAACGACCAGCUGCACAACCUGCUGCUGCGACACGCGCGCUUCACCAGCAACCGAAACGCAGCAACAGGCGUCGCAACACCGUCCGCCAUUUUGGGUGCCGCCAUGGGAGUGCCCGGAACCGUUUCUCCCCCGAAACAAGAUGAUGAUGCCUUGAUCGACCUAAGCGAUGACGUUCCUGAUAUUGCCAAACUAAGUGUAAAGGAUAACCACGAAGAAAAGUCUCCGAGCGGCUCUAAGGACGAGUUUGAUAUGUUUGCCCAGUCCCGUAAUGUUUCCUACGAAACUACUAAAACUGGCGGAAGCAGCUACGCGGAUAAUUUGGAAGAACAAGCCACGGCUGGAUUGGCGACCAUCGCCAGCACUAGACCCACUCAAGCACAGGCUCUUCCGUCGGGAAUGGAUCAAAGAGAAAUUGAUGAGAUAUCCGCUUGGUUAGAACAAGAGAAGGCGGCAACAGAAGCGACAGGGCAAGAGUCUGUAACAAGCAGUGACUUCGAGAAGUUCCUCGCGGAACGAGCCGCAGCCGCUGACACUUUGCCACCAGCCAACACUAACACUAACACCAACACUAACAACACGACACCAACACCGGCCGCGAGACACAGGCAGAUUAACAAGGAUCAAGACUCUAUGUUCGCGCUAUAAAGCGAUAUAACGACAGAGUCCUGUUAGAGAAAUAAAUGUCACUAACAGAUCAUGAUCAGGACUCUAUGUUCGCGCUGUUGAAGAUAUGAAUUGGGGGAGGGGGGGGUCUAAAUCAAUAAUUAACAAAUACAAAUGGAAGAUUUAGUGGGUCGGGCUAUUGCUGAAUCAAUAAAUGAAGUAUAUAAAAAUAUGAAGGAUCAAGACUCUAUGUUUGCACUGCAAAUAAAAUAAAUCGUUAUAAUGUCACUGGCUGAUAAAUUAAAAAGAAUGAAAUAAAACAUAUUUGCGCUAUAAACUGCAGCAUAGUGUUUCUGUGUGUGCAAACUAGGCAUAAUUAUUAUAAAUACCCACCCACAGAUUAACAAGAAACAAUUGAGAAGACAAAAAAUGAAUUUAUAUUAACUUGAUAUCCGUUACUUUGUAUUACCGUGGGUCCCUCUAAAAUACCAAAUAGAUUAUAAUCAAUAUCCAAAUGAACAACUAUCACAACUCCAUAUUCGCGCUAAAAAUUUUAAUAUUACUUAUAAUUAUGUUUUAAGCUAUUGCAUAUAGCUUCUAUCGCGGGCCUUGAGCGCGGGGACCGAAUCGAGAUAUUCCGUAACGAAAAAACCUCACGCUCCCCACUCCG